GUACCCCCGAAACGUCAGCUGCGCCUGAUUCGCGCCCUUCGACAUACAUUUAUGAAUGUAUACAGACGGUUAUUCUCAGUAGUCCUAUUAGCAAAUCUCGUCGGCAUGGUAGUCGAGUUGUUGAAGUUAAGACAUCUGGACUCCUUUCGCUCGCUUAACACGUCGCACCUUGCAACAGCUGCCAGCGCAAACAUUAUGGUUGGCACCAUGAUCCGCCAGGACUAUGUAAUCAAUGUACUGUUCCGGACUGCCUGGCUCAUCCCACACUCUGCCCCUAUGUGGGUUCGUAGGAGGAUCGCGAAGAUCUACGAGUUUGGCGGUGUCCACUCUAGUUCUUGCAUCUGUGGGACGAUUUGGUUCCUUAUACUGACUGUCGUCAACUCCUUGAACUAUCGGAGCCGGAUGCCGUCGAUAGGCGCUUCUACAUUGGGUGUCACCUACUCUCUUGCUGGAAUCCUGGUGGCCAUCAUCGUCAUGGCCUAUCCUGGUGUCCGAUUUAAGCACCACAAUUGGUUCGAAAUCUCGCACAGAUUUGGUGGCUGGACAGCUAUCCUUUUGUUCUGGUUCCAGAUCAUAAUUUCCCUUCGCGAUUCUGUCAGUGACCAAAGCCUUUCUUCUGCAUUGGUCAAAGAACCAGCGUUCUGGUUUCUUAUCGUCAUUACCUUUCACGCCAUCUGGCCCUGGGUGUUCCUUCGCAAAUGGACAUUUCGAGCCGAGAAGCUCUCAAACCACGCAGUCAGACUUCACUUCGAUCAGACCCUUCAACCUUUCGUGGGCAUCUCCAUCUCUAAGUCUCCACUCAUGGAAUGGCAUCCAUUCGCUACAUUCCCAGCCAUACCUGACGAGGAGUCAGGCUUGAAGAAAUCUGGUGGAGGGUCUCUCAUCGUUUCUAUUGCUGGUGACUGGACCCGCAAAACUGCCAGCGACCCAGAACCGCAAUACUGGGUUCGCGGCUUCCCACGCACAGGUGUACUUAGCAUGGCCUGUAUCUUCAAACGCGUCGUCAUCGUUACAACCGGGUCCGGCAUCGGCCCCUGUCUCGGCGUGAUGCUUGAUGCUGUACGCCAGCGCCACGUCGCCGUACGUGUUCUCUGGAGUGCGCCCUCAGUGUUGGGCAUAUAUGGCCCGCAGGUCCUCAAAGCAGUGCAGGAUGUCGAUCCACAGGCUGCCAUUAUCGAUACACGGACACAGGGACGACCAAAUAUGAUUGAGCUGGCAUAUAAUAUGUACAAAGAGUCAGAGGCGGAGGCAGUGUUUGUCAUCAGCAAUCCCAUGCUCACGCGUAAGAUCGUGUAUGGUAUGGAGUCGCGUGGCAUCCCCGCGUACGGACCUAUCUGGGACUCUUGA